GCCCCUGGGUGGCGGCGGAGUGGGGCGGGAGGCCUACGCAUGGCCCCGCCGUGACAGGCUGGACCCGGCACCGGGACCCGGAGCGGGGUCCUUGGGAGCGAACUGGGGACAGAAGCACUGGCCACAAUGGAAGAGGAUCUGAGAUCCUGGCAGGCUCAGGAUAAGCCCUGCUCAGCUUGAUGACAGCCUGGACAUCUGAUCGACUGCCAAGGACAUACGGCGCCUGGGCCUGCUGAGUGUCCUACGAGGCUGCUCUUCUGUGUGGUCCACCCUGGUGGGUGGCCAGCCCGGCCUCUUUCACUGACACGCUUGUCCUGUCGUCCUCCGCAGCGCUGGCAGGCAGAUGGCGUUAGCAUCCUGGAUUCACCGAAGAAACUGAGGCUUAGAGAGCUGCCCUCGUGUGCACUGCAUGCUAGUGUGUCUGUGAAGAUCUUACUCCACGUGCCGCAUUCUGGGGAGGAGGCAGGAAAUACAGAAACAAAUAGAAAAAGGCGUUUCAGUUCUGCCAAGGGACGCUUAACAGAAGCCGAGGACCCGGCCCAGUGCCCAGUGCUGGCAGAACCUCCAGCUGCAGGAGGACCUGGCAGGCAGAACCAGUGGUGCCCCAUCCAACUUAGGGUGGAUGCAGUGACUGCGAUGGAUGAGCAUCAAGUCCCAUCUGCACUGCCUGGGCAAAGCGAUGCCACCUGGGACCCCAGCCUGGCAUCUGUGGAGGAAACGGGGGUCCACCAUGGAAAGGCGCCUGCUGAGGACCCGAGUACUAGCCACAGCAGCCUGGGCCAUGAGACACAGAGCACCCUGGUGGACGCUAAGGAGCCCCCGAGGGGCCUGGAUAUGGCCCUGCAUGGCCUCAGCCUUGGCCUCUCCCUCACCAAUGGCCUACCGCUUGGGCCAGAUUCAAGUCUUCUGGAAAAUUCAGCAGAGUCCAGGCCCUGGAGGGCUGGAGGGCUGGCGGAGGUGGGCGAUACCUCCAAGGGCCUCUGUCUAGACACUGAGGACGCUCAGCUGGGGCUGGGUGGCCCUGGAGAGCCGGAUGUGCGAGACGGCUUCAGCGCCACGUUCGAGAAGAUUGUGGAGUCGGAACUGCUGCAGGACACCCAGUACAGCAGCCUCGACUCCCUGGAUGUGCUGAGCCUCACGGACGAGAGCGACAGCUGCGUCAGCUUUGAGGCCCCCCUCACGCCCCUCAUUCAGCAGCGAGCCCGUGACAGCCCUGAGCCAGGUGCUGGGGACAUGGGCCCCGAGGGGGACGCGGGAGCCACCGGAGGCGAGGGGGAGCUGGGCAGCCCCCUGCGGCGCUCCAUCUCUAGCAGCCGCUCAGAGAACGUCCUGAGCCGCCUGUCUCUCGCAUCCAUGCCCAAUGGCUUCCAUGGCGACGGUCUCCGGGGCCCAGGUGGCGAUGAGGAGGAUGACGAGGAGGACACCGACAAGUUGCUGAACUCGGUCAGUGACCCCAGCCUGAAGGACGGCCUGCUGGACUCCGACUCGGAGCUGAGCAGCUCGGAGGGGCUGGAGCCUGGCGGCACAGACCCGCUGGCCAAUGGCUGCCAGGGGGUCAGUGAAGCUGCCCGCCGGCUGGCCCGCCGCCUCUACCACCUUGAAGGUUUCCAGCGCUGUGAUGUCGCCCGGCAGCUGGGCAAGAACAAUGAAUUCAGCAGGCUGGUGGCCGGGGAGUACCUCAGCUUUUUCGACUUCUCGGGCCUGACGCUGGACCGUGCACUCAGAACCUUCCUAAAGGCCUUCCCGCUGAUGGGGGAGACGCAGGAGCGCGAGCGGGUCCUCACACACUUCUCACGCCGGUACCGCCAGUGCAACCCGGACAGUAGCACCUCGGAAGAUGGGAUCCACACGCUCACCUGUGCCCUGAUGCUGCUCAACACGGACCUGCACGGACAUUGGCUGCAGCCCAGCUCAGCAUGGGGUACCCAGUUGUGCUGUUGGAAAUUGAGUUUUGAUUCUCAUAAGACCAAACUCUCCCUUGCUUCACCUACCUCUUGGAGAUCUUGCUGCCCCUCUGUACAGAACAUUGGCAAGAAGAUGUCCUGCCAGCAGUUCAUUGCCAACCUGGACCAGCUGAACGAUGGCCAAGACUUUGCCAAAGACCUGCUGAAGACCCUUUACCACUCCAUCAAGAAUGAAAAGCUGGAAUGGGCCAUAGAUGAGGACGAGUUGAGGAAAUCGCUGUCUGAACUGGUGGACGACAAGUUCGGAACAGGCACAAAGAAGGUGACUCGGAUCCUGGAUGGUGGCAACCCCUUCCUGGAUGUCCCACAGGCGCUCAGUGCUACCACCUACAAGCAUGGCGUGCUGACCCGGAAGACUCACGCUGACAUGGAUGGCAAGAGGACGCCCCGUGGGAGGCGUGGCUGGAAGAAAUUCUAUGCGGUGCUCAAAGGGACCAUCCUGUACCUGCAGAAGGACGAGUAUAGGCCUGACAAAGCGCUGUCUGAGGGUGACCUGAAGAACGCCAUCCGUGUGCACCACGCGCUGGCCACCAGGGCCUCCGACUACAGCAAGAAGUCCAACGUGCUCAAGCUGAAGACGGCCGACUGGAGGGUCUUCCUCUUCCAGGCACCGAGCAAGGAAGAAAUGUUGUCCUGGAUCCUGAGGAUCAACCUGGUGGCCGCCAUUUUCUCGGCCCCUGCCUUCCCGGCGGCGGUCAGCUCCAUGAAGAAGUUCUGCCGGCCUCUGCUGCCCACCUGCACCACGCGCCUCUGCCAGGAGGAGCAGCUGCGUUCCCACGAGAAUAAGUUGCGGCAGGUGACCGCAGAGCUGGUUGAGCACAGGCGUCACCCUGUUGAGAGGGGCAGCAAGUCCAGGGAGGCCGAGGAGAGCCGGCUGAAGGAGCACUAUCUCACGUUUGAGAAAAGCCGUUAUGAGACCUACACCCACCUCCUGGCUGUGAAAAUCAAAGUGGGCUCCGAUGACCUGGAGCGGAUCGAGGCCCGGCUGGCCACCCUGGAAGGGGAUGACCCUUCUCUUCGCAAGACACACUCAAGCCCUGCUCUCAGCCAGGGCCACGGAACUGUGACUGGCAGCAAGACCUCAAAGAAUGCCAGUGGGCCUGAGACUUAGCCCGCAGGCCCAGGCGCCAGCAGAUGCCCCCAGAGGGGCCAGUGAGCACAAUUCUAGGCAGGGGCCACCGAGACCAGCCCCAGGAAGUUGGUGGGUAGCCGGCGGCAAGAAAGCCCCACAGACAGAGGAGCUGGAGAUACUGCUGAGGGCAUGAUCUUACAUCCCAGGUGUCUCUGGGCCUUGGCCUUCUCCUGGUCCUGGCAUCCCUGCCCGCUAUGGAGCCUGUUUGUGCGUGCUCUGGACACCACGUCACCGGAGGAGCGGGAAGAGCUGUUGAUUUAGGAGGCCCCCCUGUUCUUCACAACUUCCUGUCCUCAUUCCCCUAGUUUCUGAGGGCAGGUCACCCCAGGUUUCAGCUGGGACGCUUCCCCUUCGCCUCCUCCCUCUGAGUUGACCAGCAGCAGGUCUGCAGACCACCAGCACCAUCCACUCCUCCCUCCCUCCAGCAGCCUCUGGACCGUCCCACACUCCCGCCUCACGUCACAAUGAGGCAGGACCUGGGUCUGCUCCCUCAGCGCUAAGCUGUCUGCACUCACGUGGGUGUCCACCCGCCCUCAUCCAUUGAGGUCACCACUGUUUUCUUUUGUACGGACAUAAAUGUAUAUGUAUAUAAAAAUUAUAUAUAUAAGGAACUGCUUUACAGAUGGCUUUGGAACUGUUAUCAGAGGAUGAAGUAAGAUGAAGGAAAGGCCUGUUUCAGAACUAUGCCCAAGGGGCUGCCCUGAACCCUGGGAGCAAAGGUUCAGGGCCACCUUCCCCCUCUUCCGACUGACCUGUGACUUAUCUGCUCUUCUAGUCGAUGCUUUGAAAUAGAUGUUGUGUGUCCUGUGCCACCUGUCUGUCCUGCAGGUGCCCCGGCGCAGUGGGCUGGGAUCAUGGCCCUAUGAAUAAUGUUCUGGUCUUUAUGUUGCUGCUGCCAGGGCUCUGAGCGCUGGAGUGGCGCUUGCACAGAUCUGCCACAGGAAUAAAAGACAGCCUGCCUUGCACGUAGCCACUUCUCAACCAGCCCAAAGACAUUUGGUGGGGAAAGGCUGUGGGUUGGUCUCUGGAAAAGGUGGAACGACAAGUUGUUGAUUGUUUUCUAGGGUGGUAUUUCUUUCAGUCUUGUAGUGACUCAAAACACUAGCUAAGGACUUGUCUGGGAAGAACAGCAAUUUGUCACACACUAGUUUCCUUAAACUCUGCAUUCCUCAGACUGACAAAAGAGGUGGGGGUGAUGUCACCCUCGGUGCAGCUACGAGGAGUGGAUCAUAUUUUUGAGACACAUUACCAUAGUCUGGCCAGAGAUUUGACCUCCAUGGUGAUACAUGUAAUUUAUAAGUCGACCUUGCAACUCAAUACCCAGCAUUUCCAAGCCCUCUCACAUUGGAUGCCAGGGGACGUGUGAGUCUGUGGAGCGAUGUAGUGAGUUAAAUCCAGAUUAUUUAAUUUGGAUCCGUUUAAGUGUAUUUUAUAAUCAAACCAUCUGACCCCUUUGUUUUGCUGAAGGGAAGUAAGUGUUCUUUUAAAUGAAAUUGGAAGAGCAACACGGCAACCUGAAAGAGCUCUUUGUAUUUUCUCCACGGCUACCUCGAAGGUCCCUUGAUUUUUGGGGUCAGCUCCACCUUGUGCCGGCGGGUGAGAGAAGCGGAACAGCGAGCUCUGUCUGCCGCAGACAGAUGUGCUUCCCUGAGCACAAGUUGUGCCUCCCAGCAGUGAAAAAAUUUUUAGUUCACUUUCUUAAUUGUAUAAUUAUUUAUUGUAAAUUAUAUACAUGUACUACUGUACUAAAAUAUUAUGUACAUUAUAAAACAUACACAAAAAUAGAAAUUUA